AUGCACCGUAGGGCCGUCUGCUCUGCGAUUGCGACGAGCAGAGGUUCCGCUCGUUGUCACGGCGCUCUGAUUUCAAUGCUUCCCGGCACGAAGUUUCACAACGUGAGCUCGGAGUUCCUGCAGAUGGCGUCGAGCACGCCAGAGCGCCUGAUAGCGCGUGAGGCCCGACGCCCGAGGUUGCGAGGGCGCCGGGCUCUCGCCGUGCCACGCCGGCAGCACCGCAGGGAGCGCGCGCGCGUCUAUUUGUUUUUGUGUGUUGUGUUGCGGCGCGUGCCUGCCUGCGCAACACCUCCGACCGAUCGCAUAUAG